AUGUCGCAACAACACCAACCUAAAUGGAAACUCCACAAAGGCCCGUCCAAUCCUUCCGUCUUGGUCGGGGAAAAGGGGUUCGUAUACGCGCGGAAUGAAUUCAUCGACUCCGAAGACGUCGAAGAGAAAACGACGUCGUUUUACCAAAACAGAGCGAUAGAGGCGUAUUGGAUGCAGGAAAAUCAACGCGCCAGAGAGAGGGGGAGGAGGAGGAUGAGUGGGAAAAGUGAGAAUAUUAACAACAACAACGUUACCGUGCAGUCUCGAGUGGAAGCGAUGCGAAAUAAGACGAAACACAAACAUUUUCAGUCGAGUUUGGAGGAGGUGUUGAAAGACCCGCUUCCUCCUCCUCCUCCUCGUCGUUGCUCGUCGUCGUCGGAAAAGAAGAUGCAGAAAGAGAAGGAGGAGGAGGAAAAGGAGGAGGAGCUCGAGACAGAAGAAGAAAGAGACGAAGACGAAGAAGACGAAGAAGACGAAGACGUGAGAAAGAUGGUGGAUGAAUUGAAACGACUGAGGAGUAAAGCGGCGGCGGCGGCGGCGGCAGCGAAGCGAACUACGACAUCGAAUAGAGGGGAAAACGACGACGACGACGACGACGAAGAGGAACAACCGUCGUGGAAAACGUGGUAUUUCCCGCCAACGCACGAAUACGGUUCGUUCAUACCGAAAGUGAAUAGUAAGAAGAGUCCGCUCGGUGAGGUUGAGGAAAUUCCAGAGAGAGUUGUGAUUAAUAAUAAUGAUAAUAAUAACAAUAAUAGUGUAGACGACGACCGGGAGAACGCGCUUCGCGAGAAGAAGCGGUUGGAGAAAGCGAGGCUGUACCAAAAAUCGAGGAACUUAGAGACACACAAGUUAUGGUAA